UACAAUUAAAAUUUAUUUUAAAAUUAAAAAAUAUAGGUUACGUAAAAGUAAAAUUAAAAUGAAUGAUUUUUAUUAUCAAAAUUUAUCUAUGAGUAAUUAUAAAAGUAUUUUAUGAUGAAUAAAAAUAUUAAAAUCGUACUAAAAGGUCAAUGAAUUUUUUGUUUACUUUUUUAAACAUAUUUAAUUCUAUCUGAUUAGAGUGUCGAUCCGAUUCGAUCCAAUCCGAUCAUCUUACGGAUCAGAUCAUAUCCUCAAAUUACAGGUCAGAUACGGAUAAACAUUGUGGAUUCAUAUGGAUAUGAUCUACUCUAUAAACACCCCUAACUACUACUAUAGGUUCAUUGUUGCAAAGGAAUGCUUCUUUUAUUAUAAACCAUUAUUAGAUCUUAAUUUCCGUUAAAAGAACGUAACUGUCAACAAAGAGAUAAUACUAAUUGGUCUCUGAAAUUAUGUUCGUACUUCAAUCGAUAGUUGUAAACACGGAACUGCAUUCGCUGGUUCGCACAGAAAUCUAGAGAACCAGACUAGAACUGAACCCUAGUUUGGUUCGGUUUACUCCUUAGACCGUUUAAGAAAUAAAACCGAUGUGAACCGGUGCAAACUGGUCUAACCGAACUGGUCUGCUUGAAAAAAUCUUUAAAAUGUCUCCACAAGGUCUCGAACCAAGAACCUUGGAGCAAAAGCAACCUCUACUUUCUACUUAGCCAUUGCACUUCUAAAUAUUAUAUUUGACAAAUACUAAUUAUAUAGUAUACAUCAAUAUGUAAUUUAAUUUAAUUUUUGUUUUUUCUAUUUUUAAAAUUGAUUACAUUUUAAUUAUAUACUGUUAUUAAUAUAGAUAUAAAUUUCACUAAAAAUUUAUUCAUUUACUUGAUCUAUGUUAUUGCUAGUAUUGUGAUUAAGGUUAUUUGUUUUGAUGUUAGUGUUAAAAUCUAUUGAUAUUAUAGUUAGAUGAUAGGCUUUGUGAAUUAAUCAUUUUGUUAUUGUGUCAAAAUAAGAUACUAUUGUAGUAUUAAAAUUUUAUAAUUUUUUUAUAUUAGUUAUUUUUAGAAGUUGAGUCUUGAUUCUUCGUAAAAUGUUAGUGAAGAUAUGUGUUUCUAAUUUUUAUUUUAAGUUUUUAACUAUUUUAUAUUUUAUAUUUACGUGAGACUGAUUUUAUCGGUUCAACCAGUGAUAUAUCGGUUGAACCAAUAAACCAGUGAACCAAUAGCUUGACCGGAUCGAUCACUGGUUCGGUUCUAACAACUAUGUUUCAAUCUAAUUUCAUAAAUUUCCAUUUACUCAAUUGAGUCUCCCAACUUAAUAGUUAUGACUCACAUUGGUUUCUAAUAUUAUUUUUGUCACUGUCUCACAUAAUCGUUAACGACAUACUGAGAUGGACUAAAGACUGCUACAUUAUACAUUCUAGCGACUAUUUGAUGUGACAAUUUAAAUUUUUUUGACGUUAUUUUUUUCAACUAAACACUUAAAACCCUAAUAUGAGUCACAGAUACCUAUUUUAAAAGUUUUUUCCUGUUAAAUAUAAAAUUUCUUAGGAAUGAGACAUAUGAAAAACAAGAUAUCGGUGUUUAUUUUGGAUGAAAGUCAAAGCAUAGUCGCUUCAGAACCGAAUCCGUGAUCGAAUCCGCCAAGCGGUUGGUUUAUUGGUUUAUUGGUUCAACAUAUUAACCAUUGGUUAAACCGAUAAAAUCGGUCUCACGUAAAUAACAUAUAUAAAAUAAUUAAGAACUUAAAAUUCAAUUGGUUCGAUUAGACCAGUCUAUAUCAGGCAUAGUUGUCAGAACCGAACCGGUGAUCGAACCGGUGAGGUUACUGAGUCACUGGGUCACUGGUUCAACCGUUGGGUCACUGGUCGAACCGGUUAACUCGGUAUAAUUAAAUAAUUCUAUAAAAUUUAAUUAUUUCUUUAUUAUUAGUAUUGUUAUUUUUUCUUUAUAAAAAUAAUUACCAUUUUUAAAUUUUAAUACUUUAUUAAUUAGUUUAUAUUUAUUCUAUUGUUAUAUUAUUAUUGGUGAAAAGUCACAUGCAAUUAUUUUUUGGUGAAGUUGAUAUUGAAGGACCGUUAGAUGGUUUGACUAGUUUAACUAAAUAUCAUCUAGCGAUUUUCAACUAUCAACCUCAUGAAGAUAAAACAUAAAAUAAUAUAUUAAAAAAUAAAUUGUGGUUAAUUAAAUUUUUUGUUUAUAUUUUUAAUUUGUAUAUAUUUAAUAAAAUUUAUAGUUAAAUAAAAUGUAAUUGAUUUAAGAAUGAGUGACUUUGAAAUUAAAAUAAAUUGACUAGAAGUAGAAAAGAAAGAAUGCUAUAUGUACUAUAAAUUGUCUAUUAUUUAACGAGAAUCACUCUAGCCUGCUGGAAGAAGCUUGUUGGCCUUAUGCUGGAGGAAUGGGUUCGAGCCCCAUUGGAAGCAUUUUGGAAAAUUUUCCAAAAAUCAUCACAAGCGACACUUGGCAGCGCUGGAGGGUGUAGAGCAGGAAUUGCAUAUCGCUAGUCCAUUGUAGAUUCACCUUCAACGUUGACUAAAUCACUCGAACCGGUCCGGUUUUCACCGAAUUUGACCGGUUUUCACCGGUUCACACCGGGUUUGACCGGUCUGUGCCGGUUCUCAACCUUACACGGUCUAAAUAUCGGACCGGACCGGUUUACCGGUUUUCCGGUCGAACCGGCCGGUCCGGUCCGGUUCUGACAACUAUGAUAUCAGGUUUCAUUGGUUGUAAUCGGUUUUUUGUGACCAUCACCGAUUUUAACUAAGUCUCUUCUUUAAACGGUCUAAAAAGUUAACUUAACUGGUCUAGAAUCUGAUUCACCGAUUUUUUCAUCUAACCAGUCGGUACGGUUCAAUUUUUAGAACACUAAGACAAAGCAUUCCAUAUAAAGUAUUUUAGAAAAAAAUUUGAUAAUUAGGGUGUGUGCCAUGUUUAACUGUCAAAGUAGGUUUAUAGGGCAACAAACGCUAUAGCUUGACAUUAACUGGAUGGACGUUGAGGGUAAUUUCGUGCCUUGUUAUUAAGGUGCGAGCCUAAGACGCCUUCGAAGAAUUGAUGUCGGUGACCUGACGGUUAUCAUUAGCAGUGUUGUAAUAAUCGGACCGGACCUGCCGGUUCGACUGAAAAACCGGUGAACCGAAUCAUAGGCCGGUCCGAUAUAGUUGCGCAGGAGGGUGUGAACAAUACUAACGGUGCCAAUAUUAAAACUGUGACCUAGAAGAGGCGGGGGGCCGGAAGCACUCAGUCACAACCGCUUUCGGCCGCUACGGUCGGCUCCACAUGGCUGUACAGUGCACGCAUCCUUUAAACCUGUAGAUGCCCGGCCAGGUCAGACGCUAACUUCCCAUGUCUUGGUGACUGGCUACCCAAUUCAAGGCUCGUGUUCCUGUAGAAGGAAUGAGAAUGAUAGAGAAGGGAAGAGAUUAGAGGACAGAAUUUAUUCAUUUCGGAGGAAAAAAUUUGACUUCAAUUGCAAUUAGGAAGUGACAUGUUGUUACCGAGAAAAGACGGGAUCGGGCAUCGGCCAGGAAGGAUAUCUUCCUUGGUACAGAAUUCUUGCUCAAUUUUGUUCGCCCAACAAGAAGAUAGCCUCUGCGUCUCAGGCUUUGAAGAAGAUGGAUGAAACAAUUAUGAGAGAGAUGCACGCAACAGAAUCGGGGUAUCUCACUCUCUCAUCCGAUGAAGCUGCCGCUAAUUUGAUGUUGGAGAACACGAUAGUGCUAGGGUUGAACAUCAUUCAACCUUGAAAGCUUCACUCUUCUACAUUAAAGGUGAAUGGCUAAGGGGGGGUUGAAGGUAAAGAGUAAGAGCCAUGGUUCCGAAAAUCGGAUCGGACCGUUCGGUCAAAUCGAUUCAACCGGAUACCGACGAUGCAAGCGAUCAGGUUCUCCUCCCAUAUUCGGUUGACGGAAAACUGCUACAAAACAGCCGAUCUGGCCGAUAAAAGACCGGUUUGGCAUAAUCCGUAGCCUGCCAGUUAGGAUAAAACGACGUCGUUUUUUAGUUUGUAGGGAAAAAAGGGAAAGGUAUCCACUCCUGAACCAACCCCCCUCUUCCCCUCUAGCCCUUCACCGCUGCCGCUUCUUCCUUUUCCCCAUGUCGUUUUCAUCUUCAAUGGCAUGUUGUUUUCAUCUUCCUCUUCCCCAGGUAUCUCGCCACGUCGUUCUCUUUUUCGCUGCCUUCUCAGCACGGAACCCUGUACACAUUUGACGCAUUCCACCCUUUCAAACAUGAUGGCCCCGCAGCCCACCCAUAUCCAAGGCCUCACAUGGAGUCCAUCCAACCACGGCCCAUUCCUGUACAUCCAGCCGCAGCUAAUUCUUUCCAAACGGAGCCAAUUCCCUUCCCCAGCAGGAGCUACUCGGCUACAUGGAGGCGUCAUGUUACACCGUUCCCCAAACAUUCACAUGCGGCUCCCCUUGGACACAUGUCAGCACGAGAUAAUUGCAGGAGGAAUAUCUGGAAGAAUUCUUUUUUCUGGUUUGGAGGAACACCAAGGGUGAUUGUCACAGAUCCUGAGCUAAUCAAAGAUGUAUUCAACAAGGUCUAUGAUUUUCCGAAACCAGAUACAAAUCCAUUGAUCAAGUUAUUGGUUAAUGGUCUUGCUGGUCAUGACGGUGAAAAGUGGAGCAAACAUAGAAGAAUAAUCAACCCUGCAUUUCAUUUAGAAAAGUUGAAGAUUAUGGUACCAAUAUUCUUCAAAAGCUGCAAUGAUAUGAUAAAUAAAUGGGAGAAAAUGUUGUCAUCGAAUGGAAGCUGUGAAAUUGACGUGUGGCCUUUUCUUCAAAAUAUGGCCAGUGAUGUCAUUUCUCGCGCAGCAUUUGGAAGUAGUUACGAAGAAGGAAUACGAAUAUUUGAACUUCAAAAAGAGCAGCUUAAACUUACAAUGGAAAUUAUAAUGACAGUUUACAUUCCCGGAUGGAGGUUUUUACCUACUCCUGUCAAUAGGAGGAUGAAGGAAAUUCACAGAGAAAUAAAAACUUCACUUAAGGAUAUAAUUAAUAAGAAAGAGAAAGCACUAAAAGCAGGUGAGACAGCUAAAGAUGACUUAUUGGGUAUACUGUUGGAAUCAAAUUAUAAGGAAAUUGAAGAGCAUGGAAAGAAGAAGAAUAAUGGAAUGAGUCUUGAAGAUGUAAUCGAUGAAUGUAAAUUGUUCUACUUUGCGGGACAAGAGACGACUUCAGUUUUGCUGGUUUGGACCAUGGUGUUACUCAGUAAGCAUUCUCAUUGGCAAGCUCGAGCAAGGGAAGAAGUCUUUCAGGUCUUUGGUAGCCAAAAACCACACCUUGAUGGCUUAAAUCGCCUUAAAAUUGUGACUAUGAUAUUAUAUGAGGUUCUCAGGUUAUAUCCACCAGUACUUGGGCUUACUCGAAAUACCGGCAAAGAUAUGAAACUUGGGGACCUAAAUUUGCCUGAAGGAGUCCAAAUUUACUUGCCAAUUGUUUUGGUUCACCAUGAUGUUGGACUUUGGGGUGAUAAUGCAAAGGAAUUCGAUCCUGAAAGAUUUUCAGAAGGAGUUUUUAAGGCGACAAAUGGCAAAGCUUCUUUUUUUCCAUUUGGAUGGGGUCCUAGAAUCUGUAUCGGACAAAACUUCUCGUUAUUAGAAGCAAAGAUGGCUUUAUCAUUGAUUCUACAACAUUUUUCAUUUGAACUUUCUCCGGCAUAUACUCAUGCUCCGAUGGUUAUGGCUACACUUCAUCCACAAUAUGGCGCUCAUAUCAUUUUACGUAAGGUGAAAAUAUAAAAAUAAUAAUAUGCUCGGGACAUUUAGUUUUUAUGAUGAGUUAAGAAUGUGCUAUAUUUGUUGUAAAAUAUUAAGGAGGGUAAAGAGAGAAAAAAGAGAAUAAAAGAAUACUAUCAUUCUUAAUAUUUUCUGA